AUGGCUUCUGGGGACCUUUACGAGGUCGAAAGGAUUGUAGACAAGAGGAAGAACAAAAAGGGGAAAUGGGAGUACCUGAUCAGGUGGAAAGGCUACGGGAGCACGGAGGACACUUGGGAGCCGGAGCACCACCUGCUCCACUGUGAGGAGUUCAUCGAUGAGUUCAACGGGCUGCACCUGGCCAAGGACAAGAGGCUCAAGUCGGGGAAGCAGUCCGGCGCCGCCAAGCUCCUGCGGGACGGCCGAGGACCCUCGGUCGAGAAGCUCCCCCACAGGCCCUCGGACGCCGGCAAGAGCAAAGGGACUUCCCACAAACGGAAGCGGAUCACCCCUUCCCUGUCCAAGCCCAAGAAAGGCUAUUCGGCCAAGCCCCCCGCGGCCGGGGACCGGGCCGCCAAGACGGUGUCUUACAGGACUACCCCCAGUGGCCUGCAAAUCAUGCCGCUGAAAAAGGCGCAGAACGGCAUGGAGAACGGGGACGCCGGCUCCGAGAAGGACGAGAGGCCCUUUGGAGACGGGUCCCACCAGCCUGACCUGGAUCUGAACGACGUGGGCGAGCAGGACCUGGGCGACUGUGACGGGAGCCCCGCGGCGCUGGCGGAGAAUGGGCUGGGCUCUGCGCUGACCAACGGGGGCCUCGGCCUGCACAGCCCGGUGAAGCGGAAGCUGGAAGCCGAGAAGGACUACGUCUUCGACAAGAGGCUCAGGUACAGCGUCCGCCAGAACGAGAGCAACUGUCGGUUUCGGGACAUCGUCGUGCGGAAGGAAGAGGGCUUCACGCACAUCCUGCUGUCCAGCCAGACCUCGGACAACAACGCGCUGACCCCCGAGAUCAUGAAGGAGGUGCGGCGUGCGCUCUGCAACGCAGCCACGGACGACAGCAAGCUGCUGCUGCUCAGCGCUGUGGGCAGCGUGUUCUGCAGUGGCCUGGAUUACUCCUACCUGAUUGGCAGGUUGUCCAGCGACCGGAGGAAGGAGAGCGCCCGGAUUGCAGAGGCCAUCAGGGACUUUGUGAAGGCCUUUAUCCAGUUCAAGAAGCCCAUCGUGGUGGCGAUCAACGGGCCCGCUCUGGGCCUGGGCGCCUCCAUCCUGCCCCUCUGUGACAUUGUGUGGGCCAGCGAGAAGGCCUGGUUCCAGACCCCGUACGCCACCAUCCGCCUCACGCCCGCCGGCUGCUCCUCCUACACCUUCCCCCAGAUCCUGGGUGUCGCCCUGGCCAACGAGAUGCUGUUCUGUGGGCGGAAGCUCACCGCGCAGGAGGCCUGUAGCAGAGGCCUCGUGUCCCAGGUGUUCUGGCCGACCACGUUCAGCCAGGAGGUCAUGCUGCGGGUCAAGGAGAUGGCCUCCUGCAGCGCGGUGGUGCUGGAGGAGUCAAAAUGCCUCGUGCGGAGCUUCCUGAAGUCGGCGCUUGAGGACGUGAACGAGAAAGAAUGCGUCAUGCUCAAGCAACUCUGGAGCUCCUCCAAAGGCCUGGAUUCCCUCUUCAGCUACCUGCAGGACAAAAUCUACGAAGUCUGA